AUGAAUGGAGCAUUGGGGAUUUGCCUCCAAGGCGCCCAUCCAGAUCUGAUCGAAGAAACAAGAUAUGACAGCAAUCUCGCAAAGAAAAUACACGAUGUUAACGUGAAAGUGGAGACAUACAAGACACGCUUGGACUCACAUCCAGAGUUCCAUCCCAACCAUACCAAAGAAUGUUCUGUUAAUGUAUCGAGUUCCUAUAGUCACCGAAAAGACGAAAGCCAGAUUGACAAUUUUAUACAAGGAGAAGAACUUGCCACCGAAAUUUCUCUACAAUGUGGUGGAUGUCGCUGUAAUAAGUGCCCUACUGUCGGACACACUUACUCUUUCAAGGAAGAACAGGAAUUAAAACUGAUUCAAGAAAACCUCGAGUACGACGAAGUUAACCAAUGCUGGAUAACCAGUUACCCCUGGCUCGUAGAUCCACAAAGUUUACCCGACAAUUAUCACACUGCACUUGCUACGUUAGAAAGAACUGAAAGAACGCUUAAGAAAGAUGACCAAUGGGCUAAGACGUACAAGAGCCAAAUGAACGAUAUGGUCGAUCGUUGUGUGGCAAGAAAACUAUCAUCCGAAGAAGUAAAGAGCUGGACUGGCCCAGUUUUCUGUAUCUCCCGUUUAGCAGUUGUAAAUCCGCAUUCCAAUUCUACGCCCGUGAGAAUUGUGUUCAACUCCAGCCAAACGCACAAAGGUGUUUCAUUAAAUGCUUGUCUCGCAAAAGGUCCAGACAGCUACAUGAACAACUUGGUUGGUAUUCUUCUACGUUGGAGAGAAGAAAGAGUAGCGCUAAUCGGAGAUAUUUGA